ACUGAACCCUCGGGCCUGAUUAAUUGAAGAGAAAGUCUGUUUCCGUUUCCUAAGCUUCUGCAUUAAAAAAUAUUUACUCAAAUAAUACUCAAAUGAAGAAGAAAACCUCGUUUUCCUUUCCCGCCGCAGGGCUUUUUAGUCUGUACACUGGCGGGGUAAAAAUUCGAAUCAGUGUACCAAAGCUUGCCUGGAAAUCUAGUAAGCCCUCGGUCACAUGAAGCGCGUAAAGUUGCAGGCCGAUGAACACUGGCAGUCCUCGCAUAUCGGCAGCUCGCGUGAUCGAAACUCAGGAGACGAAGAAGAAAAUAAUGAUAACGACAAGGAGAAUUUCUUAACUGAAAAUCUUUACGAGCUGGAUGAAUAUGGAAUUCCCCAUGAGGGCAAGGGCAAGGGCGAGGGCGAGUGUUCUGAUGAAGGUUGUAGGUCACCUAGCUUUGCACAUUCGUUUUAUGCAAGCGGUGCUGACUGGACCUCCCUCCGCUCCCAUGCCAAUGGUGGAAAAGGAAAAACAGAGGGGAAAACUCAACUUGUUCAAGCAAAAUUGCAUAUGAUGUGGGGUCUGAAGAGCAAGGAGAAGGCGGCGGAGGAAGGCGAGUACAAGGCUGAAAGGAAAUUGUCCAGUUCCAAAGCGGUUGGCGGCGCAGGAAUGCGUCAGCAGCAGGGGGUCAGAGCGUGCCCUUUCUAUAAGAAAAUCCCAGGUACAUCCUUCACAGUUGAUGCGUUUCGAUACGGAUCAGUAGAUGGUUGUAGUGCAUACUUUUUGACACACUUUCACGCUGAUCAUUAUGGUGGUUUAAGCAAGAAAUGGACACAUGGUGCAAUCUACUGCACACCAGCUACUUCUCGCCUAUUAAAGUUGUGUCUUUCUGUUGAUUCAAAGUAUAUACAUCCCUUAAAAAUAGACAAUGUACAUGUUAUUGAUGGGACUAAAGUCAUGAUGCUCGAAGCCAACCAUUGUCCUGGGGCAGCCUUGAUAUAUUUUGAACUUAGAGAUGGGCGGCGGUUUCUCCAUACAGGGGACUUUCGGGCAUGCAAAGAAAUGCAUAGCUAUCCUAUAUUUAGAGAUGUGCAUAUCAAUACUUUGUAUCUUGAUACAACGUAUUGUAAUCCUAAAUACAGAUUUCCAUCCCAGAAAGAUGUCAUAAAUUAUGUUAUCGAGGUUACAAAGAAUGCAAUUUCUAAGAACCCAAAAACUCUAGUUGUGGUUGGAGCUUACAGCAUUGGAAAGGAGCGUGUCUUUCUUGGUAUUGCAAAGGCACUUGGGGUGCAGGUCUAUGCUGAUACUCGACGGAGGCGCAUUUUGACAUGUUUAGAUUGGCCUGAACUGUCUGAGAGGCUUUGUUCUGAUGCUCAGUGCACUUUUUUACAUGUUCUACCCAUGUCAUCUUUGCAUCCUGAGAAAUUAAAGCAAUACACACAAACCUUCCAAUCGCAGUUCACAUCAGUGUUGGCUUUUCGACCUACAGGGUGGACAUACUCUAAUAAAAUUGGAAAUGUGCUGAAAUCUAUUAAGCCUAUUACUAAGGACAAUGUGACAAUCUAUGGAGUUCCAUACAGCGAGCAUUCAAGCUUUGUAGAACUUGAAGAAUUUGUUAAGUUUUUGCGACCGAAUAAGAUCAUUCCGACUGUUAACAUUGGUAGUUCAACUCAACGUGAUACGAUGCAGUCAUUUUUUCGACAAUGGUUAUCAAGAUAGAUAUACAUGGAAACAAUCACACCCCAGUUUGUUGGGGAACUAUUAUAAAUUAACUUGUGCUGAACUUUGGUACAGCUGCAAUCUUGAAAUCAUAAACGAUGUGACAGUAAAAGAAUGAGCGAGCCUCUCUUGACAAUAACCAUGGUGUAACUAUAAUUACAUGUAGCUUGUACUCAUAUCUCGUGAGCAGAAGAGUAAGAUUGAUCUCACGUCUCUGAAUAAUCGAUAAGGAUUUUCAGACUGAGAAUAUACAAUAAAGUUAUUGAAUGCAAAUGACAUUUAUAAAUAAUACAUAUAACUUUAAACAUUACAA